AUGGACACAAACGAGAAGGAGGACAACCUUCGCAAUCAAGAGCUUAUGUGGGACAGUCACAGUGACGAAGAUUUCGGAGACUUACUCGAUUUCAUUAUGAAGAACAUGUUGUCAGAAAAUAGUGUUCACCAACUAAUGGAAUAUAACUACGAAGGAAACAAUUUGGAUGAAGAUUUUGAGCAUAACAAUGGACGAAUAUUAAAGGAAGCAGAUUUUUUACACGAAGAACUUAAUAGAAGUCUCCUUAAAAAAAUCCAAGCAUAUAUCGACCUUCAACCAGGAUUUCCAUGUGUUAACACAAGAGACAAUAACAAAACGCUAUCGGAAAUUGUUCGACGCCAAAUUAUACUGGAUGAGAUUCGAACAAAGUUAAAUGAGAAUACAUUGAAAAUCUACGCACGAAGACAUAAUAGGAAUUCUAAACUCAGGCGACAGUUCGGCUACUCGUUCCUUAUACCAGUGAAAAUAGGCUUGGAAAUGCAUCCAUCCUAUUUUGCACUUAUCGAAAAAAUGAAUCCGGAUUUGUUUAAUAAAAUCCAUGACGGUGAAUUGGAUCAGAUUCCAUCGCCACCGGAUGAUAUACAGUAUCUAAGUCGGCUUGGGCAAUACAUUGAUAUCUUUGAGCGAGUACUUUUGUCGGAUCCUGUCGAAUACAACAGAGAAGAAGCUUACAUUCUUCAGAUGGAAUACGAUAGGGUAUACGACUUAUUAUUCUCAAGGAGUGUGAGCGUUACAAUUCUUGGUGACGGUCAACAUACGUAA